UAAGUUCUAAUGCCAGUUUCAGAAUUAUUAGUAGUUCGAGUUAUUUUAGUAGUUCAGGAAUUUUGCCUUAAAGCUGGUUGAUCUUAACUAUUUACAGACCCCGAAAUUUUGCAUUGCGAUGACUUGCGAAGACCGGAAGAUUUCUGUCGGGCUGUUGACAGUCAGUGACCGCUGUUUCCGACAGUUGACGAAGGAUAUCAGCGGAAGUUGUAUGCGUGAAUUAGUUGACGGAGGCUCUCAUCUGAAAGCUAAAGUUCUGGUGGAGGAAUGUGUUCCUGAUGAAUUAGAAGCCAUAACCACUGUUCUUACCAACUGGUGUGAUAGUAUGAAAGUUAACUUGAUCUUUACUCUUGGAGGAACAGGAUUCUCUCCAAGAGAUGUGACACCAGAAGCAACAAAAGCAGUAAUUGAGAAAGAAGCUCCAGGACUGAGCCUGGCCAUGAUAAAAAUGUCACUUGAAAUCACCCCUCUUGCUAUGCUCUCAAGACCUGUCUGUGGCAUUCGAAAGAAAAGUCUUAUUGUAAAUUUACCUGGAAGUCCGAAGGCUGUUAAAGAGUGCUUUCAAAUCAUAGCUCCAUCCUUGCAACAUGCUGUUGAUUUAAUAACUGGAAGCAACGAUGUUGCUGAAACCCAUAAAAGAAUGCAGUCAUCUGCAUUACCGGCCAUAGAACAUCAUCAUUCCUGCCAGAAUGCAAGGCCAGUGGAUGCUGGAACAGUUGCAUUUCGCCCUAGACAUUCAACUUUUCCAAUGAUAAGUGUAGAGGAAGCGCAACACAUUGUUCUUAAUCACUGCAAUGUCACAGCAUACGAAGCUAUCGAUUAUAUGAGUUGUGUUGGCCGUGUACUGGCUUCAGACAUUUUUUCACGGGAUCCCCUUCCCCCCUUUCCAGCUUCAAUGAAAGAUGGCUAUGCUGUCAUUGCUGCAGAUGGCCUAGGUGUGCGACAAGUAAUUGGUGCGUCCAUCGCGGGGUCACAACUGGCUGAAAUAAAGGUUCACCCCGGAUACUGUGCCAGGAUCAGCACAGGUGCUCCUUUACCACCAGGUGCUGACUCGGUUAUUAUGGUGGAAGAGACAAAAUUAAUUUCUGCGACUGAAGAUGGCCAAGAAGAAUUACAAAUUGAAAUAAUGGCUCAAGUUCGACGUGGUCAGGAGAUCCGGGCAACUGGCUGCGACAUCAAAGAAGGAGAUCUUGUGCUUGAAAGAGGGACUGUUCUCACUCCUACUGACGUGGGAAUUCUCGCCACGGUAGGUCAAACUAAAGUCGAAGUUUACGCAUUACCAAUCGUAGCCGUGUUGUCUACUGGUAAUGAGUUACAAGAAAGCAAAAUCGACUUGCAAUCCGGACGCAUCCGAGAUAGUAACCGACCAGCAUUACUGACCUUCCUAAAGCAACAGGGCUUUCCCACUUUCGACGCUGGAAUAGCCGAAGAUCAUCCUAAGGCACUGCAUCAGCGGAUCACUGCAGCUUUCGAAGAAGCGGAUGUCCUGGUCUCUACUGGAGGGGUUUCAAUGGGAGAAAUGGAUCUACUUCGCCACAUUUUAGUUAGUAGAUUCAACGCUGUGAUCCACUUCGGUCGCGUUGAUAUGAAACCUGGAAAGCCGACUACUUUUGCCUCGUGUCAAUAUGACGGAAAGACAAAAUUGAUCUUUGCCUUGCCAGGAAACCCUGUCUCCGCUAUAGUGACUUGCCAUUUGUUCGUUAUCCCAGCUUGUAAAAAAAUGUCCGAUCAUGAAAAACAUCUUCCCAUCAGGAUAAAGGCAGAGCUGUCGAAUUCCACAGGUCUUUUUCAUCUGGAUUCUCGCCCAGAAUAUCAUCGUGUAACUCUUCAGUGGCAUUCAGGGAAACCCGUUCCAAGUGCGAUCUCCACUGGAAACCAAAGGAGUAGCCGCCUUCAAAGUAUGAAUCGUGCCAAUGGGCUCGCUAUUUUACCCUCGAAGACACCCGAAAUAUUGACGAUCCCUAACGGAACAAUUGUGGAUGUAUUAGUGAUAGAUAUGUUUUGAUAAGUUACAAUGCAUGGUGAAUUAAUAAAGAAAAAUGAGUUCUCUCUU